AGAGGAGAAGUAAGUGUGAUUGCGUUGCUAGGCAACAACGAGUCAACAAAAACAGACGCGGAAGCUGUAGACAGACGCAGAAAUGUGCAGUUACUCAGCAAAUCAGUAUGACAGUGCCUUCAAACCGCGCAGGCUGCAGAACUGGUGCAAGACAAAGAACUUCAAAGAGAGACCCACUGCACAUGAGGGUCACACCACCUUCAUUGCUGACGAUAGAGGACAUCUGCUCCCAGGAGUGGUAAAAAGGGGCAGUGCAUGGCCAGACUUUAAGGGGACCUGGGAUCUGCCUGCUCGUAUCCCAGCCCACCGCAUCAAUGCUACAAGCCGUUCUGUGGAGGGUCUCAACAGGCUGAGGUCCUGGGGCUUUGACCCACAGCAUACUGGCAAAUCUCAGCCACAUGGCGGCAGCACAGACACAGAUAGGCCGGAGGAUGUUGGUGAGCAGCAGGAUGGUGCUGCCCUGUCAGUGGAAGUAGCCAGCCAAGAAGCACCGUCAUCAUCCAAGCAGAGAGACAAAGAGGAGUGGCAAGACCAGUGAACUUCAUUUAAUUCUUCGUGGGUGAAAGAAAACUACAGAAAUAAACGCCUUUGAACUGUA